UAUUAAUUUCCAUGAAAAAUACAGUCAAAUCAGCAUAAUCCGGUUGAUUGCAGGCACCCCAAUUCUUCAUCCUCAGCUUUGAUUCAUUGGGUGUUGUCUUCUCCGUCUCUCUCUGGUCGGAAACAUGGGCUUGUUUGUCGCCUUUUUCGUCUUCUCCGGGCUGAUUGUUCCCUCCUCCGGUUUUCUCUACACUGACUCCAUCUUCCCAAACUUCACUGUUUCGUACAUUCAAUUGAUCGACAACGAUGGCGCCUUCUUGCAAUCUCUCAAUGGGACCUUCAUAGCCGCCAUUUCAAACAACCCAGACCCAUAUCGGUUCUAUUUCUCGGUCAUCCACUCAGCUUCCAACACCGUCAUCUGGACGGCGAACGGCGACGAACCCAUAUCGAACACGGCCUGGCUUUUGCUGACUUGUAACGGACUCGUCAUCACCGAUGACUCUGAUCGGAUUGUCUGGUCAACCCCAAGGUUUGAUUCUCCGGUUAGGUCCAUUCAACUUGAUGAAUCCGGCAAUCUCGUUCUGAAAGACCAACAAAACGUUUCAUUGUGGGAAAGCUUCGAUUACCCUACUGACACUCUUGUGAUGGGGCAAAGAUUGGCCGUCGGAGUAGACUUGUUUGCCGGUGAUUACCGGGUUUUGGUAACCGGUUUCGACGGUGUUUUGGAGUGGAAUGGGAUGACUUAUUGGCAGUUUUCGAUGGACGAUCGGGCGUUCACCGACUUGAAUUUGCAGGCGACUUUCGUGUCGGUGAACGGCAGUGGUUUGUAUUGGUUCGGAGACGAUGGUUCGACGGUGGUCUUCAAGGUGACAUUAGCACCUAUUGAUGCCACAGGAUCGGGUUUCGUGUUUGCCAAGUUAGGGUCCAAUGGGAAGUUCACAAUCAGCAGCUUUGAUGGGAACAAAUUCGUUCAGAACUUACAACUUCCAGCUGAAGAUUUCAGAAUUCCAUCCAUUUGUGGGAGAAUCCGUUUAUAUGACAGUGCUGGAACGUGUUCGUGUCCGUCCGGUUUCCAUAAUGGAAUCGACGGUUGCAUGCCGAUUAAUCCAUUUUACACUUUGCCUGAAGCUUGCAACGCAGGUAACUCUUAUGUUAAUGAAACCAGUGAUCAGGUUUCCUAUAUGAAAAUUGGGGAUGGCAUAGACUAUUUCUUGACCGAUUUCGUCGAGCCCCUUCGUCGACGGAUCAAUGUAUCCUACUGCCAAUUGCUAUGCUCUCUGAACUGUUCUUGCCUAGGGGUUCUUUAUGGAAACUCUUCUGGUUCUUGUUAUCAUGUUCGGAAUAAUGUUGGAUCCAUCUUUUCGAGCAUCUUAGGUCUCGGGCAAGAAGCUUUUUCAGGCUACAUAAAGACCGUGACUCAAUCUUCUAAUGUAAACCCGAGUUCUAAGGCUGGUGCUGGUCGUAAAUUAUCGAUUACAGGUUCGGUCCUGCUAUCUUCAGCAGGGGUUUUCGUACUAAUUGUCAUUGUUGUAGGAUUCUUAUGGUGGCGAAGAAGAAAAGGGCAUUCUGGGGCUGCAGUAGUAAGAUUAGGCUCUAAGAACUCGAUUUCGGAUGAGAUCGAUUUAUUAUCUAUUGCAGAUUUACCAGUGAAGUAUGAAUACGAGGAACUUGCAACUGCGACUGACAACUUCAAGGCACAAAUUGGAAGCGGUGGCUUCGGAACUGUGUAUAAAGGUGUUUUACCGAACGAAUCGGUUGUGGCAGUGAAGAAGAUCACCAAUUUGGGAGUUGAAGGAAAGAAAGAUUUUUGCACUGAGAUCGCCAUCAUAGGAAACAUUCACCAUAUCAAUCUUGUUAAGCUGAAAGGAUUUUGUUUGAGAGGCAAGCAACGAUUUUUGGUACUCGAAUACAUGAACAAGGGAUCUUUGGACCGUGUUAUGUUCGACGAUGAAUCACCGGUUCUCGAAUGGAAAGAAAGAUUGGAAAUCGCUAUCGGGACGGCAUGUGCACUUGCUUAUUUGCACAGUGGGUGCCAACACAAGAUCAUCCAUUGUGAUGUGAAACCAGAAAACAUUCUGCUACACGUUGAUGAAAAUUUAAACCAAAAUUUACAAGUGAAGAUGUCGGAUUUCGGGAUUUCGAAGCUACUAUCUCCCGAACAGUCGAACCUGCUUACGACAUUGAGGGGAACACGAGGAUAUCUGGCUCCCGAAUGGCUAACAAGCUCUGGUAUUUCCGACAAGUGCGACGUCUUCAGCUAUGGGAUGGUUUUACUCGAAAUCGUGAGAGGAGGAAGGAAUUUCUCAAUACAACCACAAACCAUCAAUUCACGUUGUUCGCCGUUAUCGAUUCCGAAACUCCGGAGACUGUACUUUCCAUUACUGGCAUUGGAAAUGCAUGAGCAGAAGAGAUAUAUGGACCUUGUGGAUCCGAGAUUGGAAGGAAGAGCAGAGAGCGAGGAAGUCGAGAGGCUCGUGCGAGUGGCCUUAUGUUGCCUGCAGAUGGAGCCGUCUCGGAGGCCGACUAUGUCGAAUGUGGUCCGCAUGUUGGAAGGAAGUCUUCCGGCGGGGCGGCCAAGAAUCGAAUCGUUGAACUUUUUGCGAUACUACGGCAGUCAAUAUGCCGAAGCAGUGACCAAUUCCAGUGAUGGAGGCAAUGGGCUAAGUGAAUUCAUUUUGGCCUCUGAUCACCCAUUGGACAACUGUUAGUUCAUGUUCAUUGGACCAAGUAAAUUAUGUUUAAUUUUUAUU